AUGCAGAAGACGACGCAAGCAUGGUUCAUCAGAGGUCCGAGCACUGCCAACUCAAACGACCACCAACAAAAGCCUUUGUCUCUGCUGGCUGAUUGGAACACUUACGCCUUUUCUCAAGAAUCCGAUUCCUCCACAUUCGAUCUUGAAGCUACUGUCCGCACCACCACCGACAAAGUCAGCGGCACUUUUAGCGUUUGUGAUGAGUUUGAGAGGUUGAGUGGAUUUUCCUCUUUGGUUGCCCUGCUGGUGCUAACUUCAAUGGCGGUGGGGCUGAUGAAAAGCUUGAGGACUCUGGGAAAACCACUUCUGAGGUGCAUGAUGAGGCUGAGCAGGAAUCCAGAUCUUAGAUAGAUCUCAGAGUUGCUUUG